GUCGUUCAUUUUGAUUUGCCGGGAGUUGGUUGGUUUUAUACAAAUUUUGCUGCAAUUAUGUCUUUUGAGGAUGAUCAACUAAAUCUUCAGGGAGUUCUUCCAGAUAUUGAUGAAAAAGAAAUUGCAAUAAAACUCAAAAAUGCUCCACCCAAGGAUAACCCUCUCCGAUGCGAACAAGUUCUAAUGCAGAUCAUCAAUGAAAAAGAUGCAAUUGACAGAGCUAAUGUUCAAUUUGAACAACAAAUAAAACAAGAUGUUCAGUGUGUCAAACGGGUGUUAAAAAAUAUUUCCGAAGAUGUAAUAAAGGAUACAUUAUAUGCGUUAGGACCUAUAAGGGAAAGAAAACAUGCUACCGUUCGACUGCUACUUUUACAGUCUAGCGGCAAAUCAGAACUGGAUAGGAGAAAGAGGAAACAUUUGGAACAAACCAAAGUAAGGAAGUGUACAAACCAGAAGAUCACUCCAACCGAUGGCAGUGUUCGCCAUACUAAGCAAGCUGUGAUAAAUUUGCAUGAUUCUCUACAACGUCCCACAAUUGCUGCUGAUCGUCGAAAGCUUAAGGGUUCUUUACAAGACAUAAGGCAAAAUAUCAGAAGGAAUGUCCAUUUGCUUCAAGGCUCAUUUAAACCUGCCACCAUCACUUCGGAGGUUAUAUCGCUAGACGAUACUCUCAAGGAGGAGGGAAUUGGCACAUUCAAUGCUAAAACUGAAUUGCUGCCCGUAGAGGUGACUGGUGAACCUGCAAGCACCGUCAUCAAUAACCAGCCACUCGUUUCGAAUACCCCUUUGGAGUUUCUACCAUCUAAUUCCACCGUAUCGGAAAUCGUUAACGGCGGCCCACCUUCCGCUUCCAACGUAGCUGAAGAGUCGUUCGUUGUCGACGAGAAACUAUUCCUGAAAGUUGUCGAGUUAUUCCCGAACGCCUGUCCGCGCUACAUCCGCUCUUUGUGUUACGGAAAAAUAUGGACCGAUCAGGCGUUAGGCGAAAUAGUCGAUUUAAUAUUUUCCGCCGAUCAGUAUCCAAUGAGGCCCCCGCGAGAACCGUCGCCCGACGCGCAAGUCGAUCCGGAGGAGCAACUCAAAAUGGUGGAGGAGGUGUUGCCCGAUGCCGAUCCGAGCUAUUUGAGAGCCAUGCUCCAAAGUUUCUCCAGCAGCAAAGAGGUGUUGAGAGAUUUCAUUAACGAUGCUGUGGAGAACGGAUCUUAUCCGACCAGGAAGGAGUAUUUGAGGAAGCAGCAGAUAUCGGCGCAGCAAAAGCAAUACACUACCGAAUUCAAUAUAGAGAACUUUGUUCGAUUAUUCAAAGAUCCGGUGGCUUAUUUCGAGGAUCCAAAGAGGCGUUCCACGAUGGUGGACGUACGCGAUCAGUUCUACGUCCUCGCGUACAUGCGCAACAGGUACAAGCGCCUCGCUCUUAAAGUCAUCAAACAAAUCGUCGUUCAGGAGGGACAGAAGAAUAUUUUCGCCAUUAUACGGGUACUCGAACAUCUGAAUCGUGUGGAUGCGAGAGUACAAAGUGCAUACGUGAACAAGUGUGAGAGGCGGCCCACGCCCAUACCGGUAACGCAAAUUCAGAAUAUCCCGCUUCUGCAGGAGUUGGCCUAUUUCACUCACAAGGACGAAAUAGUGGCAUUUUUGGAAAACAAAAAGAUUCGCGACGAACUGGAACGGCAGAACGCCAAAGAACUGGGCUUGUUCGAGACUUGCGCGUGCUGCUACAACGAGCAGGUCAUGCCCAAGGACGUCUUAGAGUGCUCUUCCGGGUGCCGGUUCUGUCGCGAGUGCGUUCGAAAAGGGGCGGAGAUCGCGUUCGCCGACGGGAAGUUGCAAUUCGAUUGUUUCGCGACUUGCGGCGGCGAUUUUUCACUCCAAACUUUGCAGAACGCCUUGCCUUCCAACGUAUUUUCGAAAAUCGCCCAAAAGAAAGCGGUGGCCGAGGUACAAGCGGUCGGCAUGGAAGACCUGGAAACGUGCCCCUUUUGCGAUUUCGCUUCGAUACCGGCGCCUGACGACCGUCUGUUUCGGUGUUUCAAUCCCGACUGUAUGAAGGAAUCGUGCAGGAUGUGCAAGGAGAUGUCCCACAUACCUUUGCGAUGCGAGGAGGUGGAAAAGGAUGAGGCGGUCCGCGCUCGAACUUAUAUAGAGAACAAAAUGACCGAGGCUUUGAUAAGGGAGUGCUGGAAGUGCAAAAACAAGUUCAUAAAGGAGGAGGGAUGCAACAAAAUGACGUGCUCGUGCGGCGCGAGCAUGUGCUACAUCUGCCGUCAGCCGGUCAAAGACUACAAACAUUUUAACGGUCUGGGCGGCGAUCAACAUCAGUUGUGUCCACUGUACGUGGACAAUUUCACCGUGAACGAAGCGAACGUGAUCAGGGCGGCGAAACAGGCCAAAAAGGAGAUCGACCCCAGCAAGUUGAUGCAAGAUCCCACGUCCGAUUUGAUGAAUUUUUUCGGCGAAAGAAUCAAACAACGCAACGGCGAAUUACUUCGUCCGCAGCAGAUGUUUCGCGGAAUUCCUGUCGUACGAAAUGUCCUAGUCCCACUGAGAACAUUGGCCGGACUUGAUGCCAAUUGGACCACCAUGGCGCGUAGAGUUCUAUACUUCUUCAACCACGCUGUCGGCAUAUUUCCGACGGAAAGACUAAACCCGAGGAAAAAGUUCGUUUGGAUCGUCUAUUCCGUGGUUAUACUGUGCUCCAUUAUCUACAGCAUUUACGACGUCGUGAAGGAUGCCGACAUACUCAUCGACAACGUUCUCACGUCUAGGCUUUUCCUCCUCUACCAACUUUUCCUAGGCACGUGCAACACCACCAUUACGGUGACCUUUACCGUUUGGUUAGAAGAGGUGAUUUCUAUCGCUGAAAGCUUUCGAUACUUGACGCCUGCCAGAAGAAACCUGACCAAGAAAUGCGCGUUUAUCUUGAUAUUUGGAGGAUAUUUGGUCCACACUGUGAUGACAUUCGUCUUCAAUAAGUUCUACCCUGUAGAUCUAUCCGAAUACCGUAUGUCGAUCGCUCUGUUCGUUCUAACGAUGAUCGUGAACAGAUACGCUGACACUGUUGACUCUUUUAACGCUUCCGUAUCGAAAGUUGAGUGUCACACCGAGUUGAGAGGACUGAGUCUCAUGUACGACCGCACUUGCGACUCGGUAGAAAAGUUUAACUCCACGUAUGGCCCGUUGCUGUUCACCAUGAUCUUCACGCUGAUAUUCUCGAGCCUAUUCUACGGCGCAGUGAUUCUGGUGCCCAGCAACAAAGAGUUUAAGAUCUCGAAUACGGUUUACUUCGCUUGCAAUCUGUUUCAGGUGAUCUUUUUGGCUAGAGCGGGUGAACGGCUGUCGAACGAAACUAAGAAAACGGCAUCGAUCUGCUACAGUCUGAUGCAAAAUCCGGUGAAGAAUCAUUUUCUCGCCUCCAACGAUAACCUUCUGUUCGUGCUGGCUCAGCAAGCCUCUUACAGAAGACCGGAAAUUUCCGCGGCCGGCUUUUUCCCCAUCAAUCACUCGAUGUUAAUUUUUUUCACGUCCACGGUGUGUUCGUAUUUCAUCGUCGUAGUGCAAUUUUUGUAGACCGCCGUUUCCACAAAUUUAAUCCAUACAUAAUCAAUAAAUGCGGCUUUAUUUUGUAGCAAUCAGAGAAAGAAUAGAAUAAAAUGAGUUAAUUAAAUUAAUCUAAAAAUUAAUCUUUGACCCCUUGUACCUUAAAGAUGCUGGAAAAAUCACCCUGCGAGAUAUCGGACAUCUUUUGAACAACACCGUGUAUACAGGGUGAGUCGAAAAUAUGGCAGGUUUUUCACUUUUGUUCAAUGUUUUUACAAUACCCUAUAUGUCAAUUUUUUUUUAAUAAAAUAUCAUUUUAAUUUAUUAAUCUCGCAGUUUUUCACAUAUUAUAUUGAAACAUGUGUGCGUGUACAAUGCUCCUGUUAGGUUACACUUUUCAUGUAAAUGUUGCAAAUGAAAACGGCAUACCAGCAGAAAAAAAAGAGGUAUCCGGUACUUUGUUAUCCCCAAAAUUUUCUAUGUCGUUAAAGCUGUCCUUUAACAAACGCUUACAUUGAUUAUUGUGUAUUUUUGGUUUAUUUUUGAUAACAAUAGUAGUUUGUCAGACACCUUUGUUUUAAAAAUGAAAUAAUAACACAGAAAAAUGCACGUUAUUGUGUAGUGGUGUGAUUAAAUUUAAUUGAUCACAAAUUUCAAGCAUAGGCUUAACUAUUUGACACAAAAUGAAUUUGUAAGCUCACCUUCUUUGUUAAUCUUCG